UAUAAAGCCCGGGGGUUCGAACAUGAGGGCCACAGUCACUCACUUUCACGCCAGCUCAUGCGCGCGCCUUUUUUCUAACACUUUGCGACACUUGCGUGUUUUUCUACGUCUCCUGUUGGACUAUUUAUUUGUUGAAGAACUUUGCAACCUUUCCAAGAUGGAUGUUUACCUGCGGAUUGUACUUUACUCCUGGCUCUCCAGCACAGUUCUGGCAGCGCCGGCCGGGGAGUCCGCGCCUGCUGCGCAUGUGCGAAACAAGCGCUGCUCCUGCGCCACGUUCUUGGAUAAAGAGUGCGUGUAUUUCUGUCACCUGGACAUCAUAUGGGUCAACACACCUGAGCGAGUGGUGUCCUAUGGCCUGGGCAACGCUCCCAGGAAGAGGCGCUCGGUCAGCGACAGUCGCCCGCGGUGUCGAUGCCAGCAUGAAGGUGACCUCACCUGCACCGACUUCUGCCACAAGCUGGACGACGAUAUCAGUGAGGAGACACCAGCGGUGGUCCAGGGGGCAGAGAGGAGUCACACAAGCCAGACACAAAGGACGAAGAUCCCCCGCGACAGACGGGUGACGCCUCAGUGGCUCAGGGCCGUGUCUAAAACGCGGACCCUUCUGGAAAAAUGGAGACGGAGGGCGAGAACACGGCGGGCGGAAAAGAAAAGCUCCUGAAUACGACACAAAAGAGGACGUUAAAGAUAACGGACCCUUCCAUGUUGGCGAGGCGAACCUGAAGUCAACAUCAUCACCUGUGGCGACUCUGACAAGAAACAUUUCAAAAACUUUUGCAGCAAACCAAAGAAAACCACCACUGCCUCCACCUUAUAGACCAUGAACAUGUAGACUGCCUCCACCUUAUGGACCAUGAACAUGUAGACUAACUCCACCUUAUGGACCAUGAACAUGUAGACUGCCUCCACCUUAUGGACCAUGAACAUGUAGACUGCCUCCACCUUAUGGACCAUGAACAUGUAGACUAACUCCACCUUAUGGACCAUGAACAUGUUGACUGCCUCCACCUUAUGGACCAUGAACAUGUAGACUAACUCCACCUUAUGGACCAUGAACAUGUAGACUGCCUCCACCUUAUGGACCAUGAACAUGUAGACUAACUCCACCUUAUGGACCAUGAACAUGUAGACUGCCUCCACUUUAUGGACCAUGAACAUGUAGACUAACUCCACCUUAUGGACCAUGAUCAUGUAGACUGCCUCCACCUUAUGGACUAUGAUCAUGUAGACUAACUCCACCUUUUGGACCAUGAUCAUGUUGACUAACUCCACCUUAUGGACCAUGAUCAUGUAGACUGCCUCCACCUUAUGGACCAUGAUCAUGUAGACUAACUCCACCUUAUGGACCAUGAUCAUGUUGACUGCCUCCACCUUAUGGACCAUGAUCAUGUAGACUAACUCCACCUUAUGGACCAUGAUCAUGUUGACUAACUCCACCUUAUGGACCAUGAUCAUGUAGACUAACUCCACCUUAUGGACCAUGAUCAUGUUGACUGCCUCCACCUUAUGGACCAUGAUCAUGUUGACUGCCUCCACCUUAUAGACCAUGAUCAUGUAGACUGCCUCCACCUUA